AUGUUAUCUUCAUCUACCACCUCCAUCUCCACCACCUCUGACCCCCAACAUGUUGCCAUAGAGACCUACUGGAGGGAAGUGCACAGCAUCGAGGAGGAGAAGGAUGGGGAAGAAGAAGAGGAAGAGGAUGAGAGAAAGAGUAUGGAUGAGGUGGAGCUCGAGGAGGCGUGGCUGACAGAGGCAGGCCUGUCUUCCUUGGUGACAGGCUUGCCAUUGUCAGAUGAGGUGCCACCACCAGCUGAGGUGCUGUUGUCCACAUUGACACAGAAACAAGCAGCCACUGUGAGGAAGAGACUGGACAACUAUAACGAGACGCUAAAGAAGAGAAACAGGCAGCCAAUCAGAGACGUCCGGGAUAUCUUCACUGAUCCUGACGAUGACUCACCAGACAGAUGCACAUACCCCGACUCCCACUCCCACCACGCCGAGCCACCACCAAGUCGAUACCACACCACCACCAAGACCAUCCGCCGAAACACUCCCAGAGUGCGACCGUCUCUUCCCACGUUGGUUUUUGAGGAUGGACUACCUGAACUCCCAUCAUCCCCCUCCAAAACAGACUCUCCACAACACACACGCUCUCCAGCAAACACAUGCUCUCCAACACACAUCAUCCAGAUGAUGCAAGUUGACUGGUUGCUGCGGGACUCUCCAUAUUCAGAGGGUGUGGCUGAGCACAAAAGGGGCAAGACCUGCUGGGACUGUGUGCAUUUCCAUAGAGACAACAACAGUGAGCUGCGGGGUCUUAGCUGUGCAGAAGACCUGUCAUCACGUGACCUCACCCAGCUGGGUUUCAUCUCUCACAUUGAGCUCACUACCUUCCUGAUGGCUCUGGGCAUCCAAACCAAGCGCACCCGUCCUCCACGCUGCAGGACCCGAGACAGUGGUGCGUUUGGCGUUCCUCUGAACACGCUGUUGGAGAGAGACAGGAAGAAGUUUCCUGGAGUCAGAGUUCCUAUCGUGUUCCAGAAGUUGUUGUAUAUUUUAGAGCAAACGGGUCUGCUGACCGAGGGGAUCCUCAGAGUACCAGCAUCAGCUGCUAGACUCAAGUACCUGCGUAGAGAGUUAGACAGGUGCUAUGAUGGAUUUGACUGGUCUGCACUGAGACAGGUGGAUGCUGCUAGUCUGCUGAAGCUUUUCAUCAGAGAGCUGCCAACCCCUUUGUUGACGCACACACAUUUGUCCAUCUACCGCUCUGUGUUGAGCAUCCCUUCUGAGCUCCAUCAGGUUCAGGCUCUGCAGCUGCUGAUACUGCUGCUUCCAGAGGCCAACAGAGACAUUCUGAGAGCUCUGCUGAGCCUCCUCCGAAAGGUGGUCUCUCAUCAAGAACACAACCGUAUGUCUCUGUGGAAUGUGUCCAUGGUGAUGGCGCCCAACCUGUUCCUCCGUCAUCACCAUGGUAACAAGCGCUCAAUUGCUAAGCAACGAGAUGAGAUGGAGGAGGCAGUGGGUGGAGCCCAAUUGAUUCGGCUGAUGAUCAUACACCAGGACGUGCUUUGGACUGUCCCCAGGUUUCUUCUGUCUCAGGUGAGACAGAUGAACCAGGUGUCCAUUCAGAAACAGCUUGGCCUGAGUUGGGCCAGUAGAAGACUGCUGAGGAAGAAGAAUGACAAGAAUGAAAGAGACCAGAUCACAGAGCUGUGUGAAGGUGUGAUCAGGGUUCAUGCGCCUCUACACACCAAGAUUUCUAUGGUCGUACAACUCGAGGAACAGACAACAGCCAGGGACAUAACGUCCCGCUUCGAGUAUGAGAACAGCCCGGUUCAACAUCUGUAUGAAGUUGGAGGAAACAUCUGUGAGCGUCGUCUUCACCCUGACUGUGUUUUGUUGGAUGUUUACAGAGUUAAUCCCCACUGUGACUGGCUAAUCAAAUCCUGACAACCUGUUUCAAGUGUCUCACCACCUCUCCCAUUAAAUGCCUUACCACCUGUCAACACACACAUGGUUCAUCUUUUGUUCACAGCUGUUUGUGUUACGUCAGAGCAACAUCAGGAGUUGUCAUUUAUCAGCCAGUUGCAGUCUGUUUUUGGUUAGCAGCUGGGUUUAGAUCAUUUAUUGAAAUCAUUUCCUGGUCUGGUCUUUGUUUACUGUUGUUGUUGCUAUUCAUCAGGGCCCUAUUCCAGCACGUUUAGCUAACAACUCUGAGUUUGUUGACCAUGGUAACAGACUCUGUGAACUAAACUUGGUCGGUGGCAGAACCAGCUGACACCCGGACUAAUUUCCUCAUUCAUAAAGUCGCUGUCAAAGC